CACGACUCCUGUUUGCUAGAGGACGUUGGGGUUUCUUGAUGACCGUUGGAAGGCGCGCGCCCAACGGGCGCUGGCGCCUUGGAGCGUCCAGACCAGCAGUGUUCCAAGCAUUCGCGCUGGGGGACUGGACGCACAGUGAGCAAUUCCAUUUCUCCUGAGCCACCUGAGUGCACCUGGACUCUGUGUCUAAGACGACAGCGAUCAGCUUUGGUGGAACCGGCAGGCAUUCGCGGCGCAGGCAUUUGGAGAUUACUAAUUCCUUAGUGAGCCAAGGACCGCGGUACCAAUACCCUUCAGAGCAGGUAUCACCCAGAAAUCUUAUCGAGGUCACUUCUCAUCGCAAAAGUUCCAGAAAGGCGCUCCAUUCGCUACAGGUGCAGGACCUCGCGCCAUCACGCCUCUGGCCUCUCUUCUGCGUGGGCUGUUUAAAGGUCUCGAGUGAGGCAGUGUCCUCGAGGAGCGAGAAGAGUCAGGGUGCAGAACGCCCGCCCUUGUUCUCUGGCCUGUGACCGCAUUCGGCCCGCCCUCGGCACCUCUAUAAGAGCCGCAGAGUAGAGCGAGCGCACUCGGAGCACCGCCCCCAGGAGCGCUACUUCCCUGGCUCCUCAGGCGCCGGUACCACAGUCUUCCCGGCUGCCGGACGCCAGUUCUUCCCCUUCUCAACCACCAAGCACGGGGUGACUGAGUCAGGCUCUUGGCUUCUCUCUGCACUCUCGCUCUAGCAGCCCUAGGCAGUCUCCCGCGGUGCUGAUCCGCAGGUGAGCAGAACUGCAGCGCCGCUGUCCGGGCGAGCUCACCUUGCACAGCACAGCGGCCAGGGCAAAACUCUGGUUCGCAGGAUGAAGAACCCGAUGCUGGAAGUGGUGUCUCUCCUCCUGGAGAAGCUGCUUCUCAUCUCCAACUUUAAGCUCUUUAGUGUGAGCACUCCUGGAGGCGGCACAGGGAAGAGCCGUCCCUAUGAAAUCAGCUCUUUUCUCCGGGGCGAUGUGCUGGAGGUGUCGAGGACCCAUUUUACCCACUAUGGGAUCUACCUGGGGAACAAUCGUGUCGCUCAUCUAAUGCCCGACAUCCUGUUGGCUCUGACCAGCGACCAAGGACGUACUCAGAAGGUGGUCUCCAACAAGCGCCUCAUCCCGGGAGUAAUUUGCAAGGUGGCCAGCAUCCGUGUGGACACGGUAGAGGACUUUGCCUACGGAGCAGACAUCCUUGUCAAUCACCUAGACGAGACUCUCAAGAAGGAAUCCUUGCUUAACGAGGAGGUGGCAUGCAGGGCUGAGCAGCAGUUGGGGAUAACUCCCUACAGCCUUCUGUGGAACAACUGCGAACACUUUGUGACCUACUGCAGAUAUGGAGCGCCAAUCAGUCCACAGGCUGAGAAGUUUCAUGAGACGGUGAAGAUAAUCAUCCGUGAUCAGAGAAGUUGUCUUGCUUCAGCUGUCUUGGGAUUAGUGUCCAUUGUCUACACAGGCCUGGCAUCAUAUGUGACCCUGCCUGCAGUCUGCAUCCCAUUCUGCUUGUGGAUGAUGUCUGGCUAGCUUCCAAUCCCCACAUGGAUGUGGAUGUACUCUGUGUGGGACUGUGUUUGCAUUUAUAGAACACAAAACUUCACAAGCUUGUUGAGAAAAUGUGGCCUUCAACAAUGUGUUCUAGAUUUUAAAAAAAAAAGCGAUUAAGACUCAUUCAAAGUGCUUACCAUGUAAGCCAGAACCAAGCUGUUCCAUGUCCUCUCGGGCGGUUCUGCUGCAGGCAGCAUGAGCUCCCGGAAGGAAACCACAGUCUGUUAGGACUCAGAAGACCCCAGGUGACAGCCACAGGAGAUGAUUUGGUUACUGUUGUUCUCCUGUAAUCAUAUUCUGUUGUUAGGCUUAUCAACUGAUCACUAACUUUACUGUAAAUGUACUCUGCUUAUUGAAUGACUGACAUUAAAGAGAAAAAUUUUCCUAACUUAAAUGUUUGAUAAUUAGCCAAAAAGAAACUAAAUCUCACAUUCUGUUUUGCCUUUCUUCAUGUAAUAAUAUAAUUUCAAGUCAGUCAAGAAUAUUAUUUUCAUGUUCUGAGAUCAGUGUUGACAGAGCUUACUGAAUGAAAGUAAUUGGCUAGGAAGCAUAGAAAUGUUUUUUCCUGUAGAAACAGUGACAGUUGCUAUUUAUAUUCACUUUUGAAUAGUCUCUGAUAUUGUGUUUUCCUUCUUCUUUUCAUAUGCCUGCAUGGCUACUUUAAAAUGUAAAUGCAUAUAGGAUUGAAGUAAUUCCAGUAUUUGGUGUACAUUCAUACUAAACAAAUACACUAAUAUCUGCAUACACACAUAUUGAUAAACAGACUGUAUUUCUUGUUACUUUAUUAUACUAGUGUGAUUAUUAAUGAGGAUCUACAAGGUGAACAUAAAAUAAAGUCCAAUGUGUUUUCCUAUGCCCUUAAAUCUGUAUUUAUGUCACUGGUUAGUUAUUUUUUAAAGCUAAGUUUAUUAGUGUCUUUAAAAAAUGUCAGAUUUGUUUUACUAUCAAUUUUCUACUCCAAGUGUAGUUUAUGGACUUACUGGAGGUAUGCCAUAGCAGCAUAUAAAGCCUAAAUAGGUAGAGCCAAAGGAAAUUACUCUUUGACAAAAUUAGCAAUGCCAAGCAUGGAAGGUGCUUUUACUGAAUUCACUGGAUCAGAAUGGAGACAUAGUAGUGUUGAAAACAUGCCUUCAAGACUUUAGCAAAUUCACUAAAAAUGACCGCACAGGUUGGAGCUGUUUUGUCAGAGGUGGUACAUGCCUGUGAUACCUGCGUGUAGAAGGCUGAAGCAGCAGACGGGGAGCUCUAGGUCUGCAUAGGCUGGAGGACACUUUUCUGUUAAGUGUCAAGCAUUACAGAACAGGCACUGAAGAGAGGACUCAGCUGUUAAGAGCUACUGCUGCUCUUUCAGAGGACCAGGGUUCAGUUGCCAGCAACCCCUGGUGGCUUACAAUCUGUAGCUCCAGUUCCUGAAGAUACAACACUCUCUUCUGGCCUCCAUGAGCAUAGCACACACAAGGCAGACAUACAUACAUGCAAAGCACUCACACACGCAAAUUAACAAUAAAGCUUUAAAAAAAGGAAUCACAAAAUAGCCAAGCAUGCUGGAAAGUCUCUAAUCCCAGCUCUUGGGAUGUGGAGGCAGGAGGAUUGGGAGUUUAAGACCAGCCUGCAACACAGGGUGUUUAAGACUUGUUUGCGUCACACAGGGGGUUUCAAGACCAACUUGCACUACACAGGCAGUUUAAGGCCAACCUGGGCUACGUGAGAUCCAAUCUCAAAAUAACAGCUAAGGAAUCAAAAAACAGUGUUUUUUACAGAGAAAAGGAGGAACUGGUUUAGUCAGUGAUCCAACUGAAACAAGACUGAAGAGCAGAUCUUAGUUCAACUGAGGUUUUAUUACCCUGAGUUUUCCUACAACAAAUUCAGCUGGGGUAUAAUGAUGAUUAAACUUUAUGUCUAAUAUUCAAAUUACACAUUUAAUUCCUUAUAUGUUUUAUAUAGUUAAAACAGUAAAUGACAAGAUCAAAGACUACAGGUGUCCUAUGGGCCUGUUGCAACCACUUAAAUUACCUUAAGCAUCCGUGCAUGCUGACAGCCAUAGUGUUAGUGCCGUUUCCCUUCACCCCGGGAACAUUUGUUUAAGUGAACUCAUUAUGAACUUGUUUUCAGACAUCAGUAUUGUAGACAGCAGAAAAUACUGUUUGACAUUAAAUCUGUGUUCAUAGAUAGUGGUUCCUCCUUGCAUACUACGGAAGUUCUGGGGGCUGGAAUUACCAUAAGUAAUCUUGAAUCUCUUCAUAUCAUUAGAACAAGAGUCAAUUCACCAUUCAUUAGAUGCUCACUUUGUGCUAAGCUGCAACUUCCUGUUGUAGUUUACCUAUUUGUUUUGUUUUGUUUUUGAGACAGGGUUUCAUUCAGUAGAUUAGAUUUGCCUCAAAUUCAACUCAUAGAGCUCUUCGGGCCUCUGUUUCCCAAGUACUGGGAUUAAAGGUGUACUCCAUCACUCCUGGCAGAGUACCACUUUUUAGCCACUUAUCACAGCCUGCAUACAGUGUGGUGGGAAUAUACAGAGAAGAAUAAGUAAUUCUGCCUCAAGAGUCAGGCAUUUAUUUGAAGGAGGGAGUAACAAGCAGGAAGCCAAGAGACUGCGGUUAUUUUGCUACACUGACAUUGUUCAACAGCUCUUGGCAAGAGAUGGAAGGAUUUGGCAAAUGUUCCUCAGCACCAGAAUUGCUGAACUUUAGGUAAGAUGGUAUCUCUUUUGUUACUUCUGUUGGAUUAGUUAGCUAACUAGGUAGAAAAAUGUCAGUUAUCCUGAACCAUUCAUUUCUUUCCUAACCAAGGGAAACAGGUCAUGAAUUUCUCCAUACUUCAUCAGUCAAGGCUCAUCUUUAUGAUCCAAGUUACUCAUAUCAUAGUAUUUCUAUUCUAUCUUAUACAGUGAUAGCCAAGUCAUGUUUGAUGAGCUUUUUCACUUAUUUUUUUUGUUCUUUACAUAAAUAAAAGCCAAAUGAAAUUAUUUACUGGAUUUGAGAUGAGCUAAUGCAAGUGUUAGGGAAUAGGUGGUGUAUGGAAUGAAAAGACAUGGGACAUAGGCUAAAAUAAACAGCUUAAUAGAUACAGUUGCAUUGGAAUGUCAGUGAUUGGUAUCUGAACAGAGGUAACUGAAGGCACACAGAGAGAAGGAACUAAUUCUAGCUGCUGAAAUGAAAAUCAGCAAGUACUGAGACUUGAAGAACAAGACAGGUUUUGGACAGGACAUUGCACACAUGGAUGGGAACAGCAUGGGGAAUGCAUGAAAACUGCUUACAACAUGCACCAUGAAUAGUAGUGAGGUAUUCUAUGUCAGGCAAAUGAAAGUGGUUUAGGGGCUAGCAGAGCAAGGGUGGUGACUAGACAUGCAGAAAGCAAUGCUGAGAUAGUGUAAGCUUUUUGUAGAUCAAGAGGUUUGGAUUUUAUGGAUAGGCAGUGGAGAACUGGAUUAUAGAAAGGUAACUUCCAAGAAUAAAGUGGAAGGGGUGAGGGUGGGAGGAAGGUUAGCUAAGGUUUUUUCACUGUCAAAUAAGGGCCUAGAGCAGUGGUUCUCAUCCUUCCUAAUGCUGUGACCCUUUAAUAAAGAUCCUCAUGUUGUGACCAUAAAAUUAUUUUCACUGUUACUUCAGAACAGUAAUUUUGUUACUGUUAUGAAUUGUAACGGAAAUAUCUGAUAUGCAGGAUAUUUGAUAUGUGAUCCCUGUGAAAACAUCACUUGACCUCCCUACCCACAAAAGGCUAUGACCCACAGGCCGAGAAACACUGGUCUAGCUGGUGAGAUGGCUGUAGGGAAGUGUACCUUCUGGAACGUCUGAUAACCUGAGUUCAAAUAAGGGUCUGCAGUUGCAAGGCAAGAAAGCAAAUGUGUCAAAGAAGUGCCAAUCAACUUGAGUCACACUCCUAGACUUGACUGAUGAGCAACUCAACUCUGAUAUCCUUGCUUUUCCUGAGAAAGAGCUGAUUCCUGCAAAAGAAAUUAACUUGACUACGGUGUAUACGUUGGAUAGUCUUGAUCUUUGCUCUGCUAAGCAUGCUCCUUUUUAAGGACAAACAAGGAAACGUGGAUUGGUUAUUUUAAUUUUUGUCAGAACCUAUUUCUUACUUCCCCAUUUUCUACUUCAUAUUGUUCGUGUCUAAGACCAAAAGCUGCUUUCCAGGAACAUGUAGUUACUAUAAUGGCAAAGUCUUUUGUUAUUGAUAAGAAACAUAUGGGAAGAGUCUUUGUUUUAUGUGAUUUAUCUGGGCUUUUGAUUAGCCUAGAUUUUUUAGUUGAACUAAUUUUAUAUUGAUAUAUAUGUUUUGAAUAAAAUUGAUUCUACAUCA